AUGACAAAUCCACCCGCAGUUGACGGUGGCAGACUUAAUGGUGAUAAUGAGAACCCGGACACGACUCUUACAGAGCAUGAAAAGCAAAUCGAAAAGAAGCUCGUAUGGAAACUCGAUCUCAUAAUCCUGCCCCUGGUUUGCUUGACGUUUUUCCUUAGCUGCAUCGACAGAACCAACUAUGCGGCUGCCCGGCUUCAACACUUGGAAAAGGACCUCAAAAUGACCGAUGCACAAUAUCAGACUGCACUGUGCAUUUAUUAUUUGGGCUAUAUCUUUCUCCAGGUACCUUCGAAUUUGCUGCUCAACCAUUACGGUCGACCUGCGUUGCAUAUUGGUCUCUCUACUAUUGCCUGGGGCAUAGUCACAACUUGCACAGCCAGGGUGCAUAAUUUCCAGGGCAUGCUGGCAUGCAGAAUUAUCUUAGGAAUCGUUGAGGCCCCCGUAUAUCCUGGAAUCUUAUUUUACCUUACGAGAUGGUACAAGAAAACAGAACUUACCCUCCGCAUAAGCAUAUACCUCGCGGCAGGUCUAGUGGCGGCCGCUUUUGGCUCACUAAUAGCCGCAGGAAUUUUAAGUGGACUAGAUGGGGUUCGUGGGCUUUCAGCAUGGCAAUGGCUAUACAUCAUAGAAGGUGCAGUAUCUAUAUCUGGCGGAAUCGCUAUCAUAUCCUGUCUACCUAAUUUCCCUCACACCUGGACAGCCCUUGCGCCAGAAAUGAAGCAAGUUGCAAUCCGACGCUUAACUCUCGAUGCUUUACAGGCUGACCUUGACAUAUCUGGUGGCAUGUCCCAGGUGCAGGGCCUCAAGCUAGCCCUGGCCGAUAUCAAGCUCUACGUCAUGGCAGCAAUCAAUAUGUGCAUCAUCGGGGCGAUUGGAUGUCAGAAUUUCUUUCCCACACUUACUGCAACACUAGGAUACAGCCAUAUCGUGUCUUUGCUACUAGUUGCUCCUCCGUACAUGUUUAUCGCCUUCUAUAGUUGUCUUCACAGCUAUCUUAGCGACAAGGUAGGGAACCGAUUCUGGUUCAUCAUGUAUCCAGCUCCCAUUGCCAUAGCCGGGUUUGUUAUAUUCAUGACGGUGGAUACGUUCGGGAUCAAGUACUUUUCAACUUUCCUUAUGCUUUUAAUUUACCCUAUGAACAACACCAUCUCUGCUUGGAUCGCCACCUGUAUCUCACGGCCGCCUGCGAAACGCGCCGCGGCGUAUGGAUUCAUCAGUACAGUGGCGAACUCAGCAAAUAUAUGGACGCCUUUUACAUACCGCAAUCAGGACGCGCCUCACUUCCGGCUUGCACUUGGGAUUGUCACUGGGCUGGUCUUUGCAGCUGCGGUCCUGAGCAUAGUGCUGCGCAUGAUGCUAGUGAGGGAAAAUCGGAAGCUUGACGGUAUAGAAAUUGAAGAUUCGCAUAUGACCGAAGUUGAGCUGGCUAGGUUGGAGAAGACAGCAGAGGCCGAAGGGAUUGAUAUGGCAACGACCAAGCGCUUGCACCACGGGUUUCGAUAUACAAUAUAA